AGAUCGGGUCAGUCGAGCCGAUCCUACGGAGACCGGCUGCCAGUACAGUAUCGGACGUCGUGCACGAUUCCGACGAUUCCUUUCUGGCCGCAUUCAGGCGCGCACCGGCCGUUUUUCAACAGUAAAAACUGCCAUCCGGUUGUUGAAAUUAACGCCAACCGCUUUUGGUCUAGAUGUGAGCACAGUGUUGAUGUCAGGGAUAUACCGUGAAAAAAACGGAGUCGCAGGCCGAGAUGCGGUUCUUCUUUCAUAGUAAUCACAGCUAGCCAAUAGACAAGCACCUGGUACCUUUUUCAUGAGUCGGACAAUGGCAAGAGGGGGAGCAAUCGCGAUAUUCUCGAUUGUGCUCUUGGCUGUUACGUGCCUUCGCUCUGUCGUGGGGGUCAAGGUCCAUACGGAGGCUGUGUCCUUGAACGAGACUAGGCGGCACGAUGACGACAUCGUCGAGAGGAACGAGGUACCACUUUCUCGGGAAUCUGAAAACAGUACCGAGAACCACAGAAUCCAGCACGAUCAUCCGCACAAUAUGCAUGGAAAACCAACGAAAUUUGAUAUCGAGCUUCAUACGGACGAUAAAGCGGAUUACCAGAUCGAACCCACGAGGAUGGUCAAUGUUACGGCUAAUCCAAUUGAAAUGAAUUCAACGACCAAUCAAUCUCUGUCAAAUUCGACAGAAUGCAGAGGGAAGCUUACCGUUUCCUGCAUACGAAGAGAUUUCUCGAAUUUUUUAGAUCAACUCUCGAGGGUUGACACGUACAACGUAACGGAAUCCGUGCAGAUAAUAAGAACCCCUGAAGCAAACGUCGCGUGCAACGACGUAAAGAGCGACGGCGAUACGGAUUCGAAUCUUCUGGACAAGGUCCAUCGUUACGCCAGGACACACGUUAUGAAGAUACAACUGAACAAGGAUCUGAGUCUUGCCAGCAAGGCCAGGACGUUCUUCGGUUCCGUCUUUCAGGGAAAGAGUACCUUUUUAACAGGAUUCGGGCUUGGUUUUCUAGCAUUCGGUCUGAAGAAAUUGCUGCUACCCUUGUUCUUCGGCGUACAAAUAAUUAAGAGCGUGUUACUCGCUCUCUUUCUACCAAGUAUCAUCGGCAGUAUUGGUAAUAUCGUUGGAAAAGGUGUUUCCUCCUUUGCUCAAGCCUCGCAUGCCGCGCCCGUGGCAGCAGCUGAGGAAAAUUUCGAGUUCAAGGAUAAUUCUGAUCUUUACAACAAUGACUAUUUGACACGGCAACCGGUAGGCACAUUACCAGCAUCCGCCAUGUACGACGAGAGUAUGAUGCAAACACAAAAAACUCCGGAUAUGGCGUCCCGCUAUGGAUUUGUCGAUUCAAGAAUAUCUCACGCGAAUGCGCUCUCGGAUCGUUAUUAUACGCGACACGUGGCUGCACACGGACUUUCUAAGAAACAGGAUUUUAAGGUCUUCCACGAGAUCCCGACGAGCUCUUUGCUCUUGACGAACUACGACCCGUUCUACUCGCCCCUGCUGUCACGUCUGGACGCCGUUUUCUCUCGUCUUGGUCACAACACGGAAGGCUGCAGGGAGUACGCGGUGUGCGCGAUGUAUCGGAGUCCGGCGCGUUACGCGCCGUACUCAAAUCUGGUCUCCGCUCAAUUGUCCAGAGAGCUGAACGAGCUGAGGAAACCUAGCAGCGACAAUCCGGACGUUCUACGCUUCUUCAGAUACAUGAAGGCCGCCAAAGACGGCCAGGAUGGCGUCAAGUGCGAAGAGACCUACGCGAAUUGUGCGAACGCUCGUGAAGAUCAGACUUUAAAGCAAAAUCAGGCGAUGCUCGCAACGUACCAAGAUAUCAACAAGCUCGUACAGGCCAGGAAGAUCUGAGAAACGUCAAAGUCUUUCUUUCGUUUAUUGCUGUUAUUAUCUUGUUAUCGCAAAAUGCAAUAAGGAAGAAAGACGCGUCUCAAAUCGCUUCGUCGAAUGUGCGAGCUUUAGGAGCAAUGGCUUAUAUAGUUUUUGAUCGAAUGCAUUAGUGCGAUCGUUAAAAAUAUUUAGCGUCUGCUCUAAUGAUUGCUCAUUUGUUUAGAGAUAUUAUGUGUACGUAAAGUUUGAAGGUGUUUCUAGUGAACGGAUUACUAUUACACGUCGCACGAAGCGUUCGCUCGGGGCUUCAAGAUGCAAAAUCUCGAUUUUUCUUUUCCUGUUUUAAAUUUUAUUAUUAUCUUCAGGCAUUAAAAACAAUAUUUCAAAAAUAUUUUAAAACUUUCUUGAUUUUAAAUUUUCGACACUUAUCAUUUUAGAUAAGAGAAUUCGAAAUUAAUUUGCGUUUGAAGCAUUCGAGACAGUUUUAAUCCAUUCAUUACUCAACCCUUUGACUUCUGUAACUAAACAGACUCUCGAUGUACCAUAUACAGUUUCCUAAAUUAUCGUUUGCAAGUACUUGUUUGAUUCCCAAUGAUGUCGAUAUACAGGCUGUAACGCGUGUAAGCCUGAAUUCUCUCUCUCUGUCUCUCUCUCUCUCUCUCUCUGAACUUUUAUCAAACAU